CGCGCCGCGUCCCGGGGAGACCCAGCCGCGCAGCCGCUCGCGCGCCGGGCCGGCGAGAUGGAGCCGGCGGCCGCUGGGGAAGGCUCGUCCGCGGGCGGCCAAGCGGCCGGCGGGGCGCAGGAGGAAGCCAGGACGUUCUAUGACAGCCUGACCCCGAAAAGGAAACCCAUACCACCAAAGCCUGAGAAUGCAAUAACAAUUGCAGUCUCCUCACGGGCUCUGUUUCGCAUGGAGGAAGAGCAGAAGAUUUACACAGAGCAAGGGGUGGAGGCAUAUGUGAAAUACCAGCUGGACCAUGAGAAUGAACCCUUCCUACCUGGCGCUGCCUUCCCAUUUGUCAAGGCUCUUGAAGCUGUCAACACUCAGUUGCGAGAGCUCUACCCCAACAGUGAAGAACUCUUUGAUAUUGUCCUCAUGACUAAUAACCACGCCCAGGUCGGGGUCCGCCUGAUCAACAGCAUCAAUCAUCACGAUCUGUUCAUCGAGAGGUUCUGCAUGACGGGAGGGAACAGCCCCACUUGCUACCUGAAGGCCUAUCACACCAACCUGUAUCUCUCCUCUGAUGCUGAGAAAGUGAGUGAGGCCAUUGAAGAGGGAAUCGCCGCAGCCACCAUGUUCAGCCCCAGCAAAGACGUGAAAGUGUCGGAGAACCAGCUGCGGGUGGCCUUCGAUGGGGACGCCGUCCUCUUCUCGGACGAGUCGGAACAGAUUGUGAAGGCGCACGGCCUCGACAUGUUUUUUGAACACGAAAAGGCUUAUGAGAACAAGCCGCUGGCCCAGGGGCCACUGAAGGGCUUUCUGGAAUCCCUGGGGAAGCUGCAGAAGAAGUUCUACUCCAAGGGCCUGAGACUGGAGUGUCCGAUUCGCACCUACCUGGUCACUGCCCGGAGUGCUGCCAGCUCUGGGGCACGUGCCCUAAAGACUCUCCGCAGCUGGGGACUAGAAACGGACGAAGCCCUGUUCCUGGCUGGAGCCCCCAAGGGUCCGCUGCUGGAGAAGAUCCGUCCGCACAUCUUCUUCGAUGACCAGAUGUUCCAGGUGGAGGGGGCGAAGGAGAGUGGCACCAUCGCGGCCCACGUCCCAUAUGGCGUAGCCCAGAAGCAGAGGCGGAUGGCGCAAGAGAAACAAACCAAGAACCGCAAGUAGCGUAGCUGGCAGUGGCGACUGUGACUGCAUGUACUUGCUGGUUGGAUACCUACCCAAACCAUCCCUGACCAGGGCACCACUCAUGGAUUGAUAUCCGGGUCUGCAGGGUCUGAGCGUCUUUGAUUAGUAUUGAAGUUGCAGGUGCCUUGUCUGGGUGGUUUGAAGGAAAGGUUUCUUUUUGCCUUUGUGUUGCACUUUAUUGACUGUCUUUGUCCCUCCAGCCUCACAUCACCACCCAUGCAUAAAGGUCAGAAGGGUCAACCAAUGCCUGAACCCAACUCUGCUACCUUUGCUCCUGUGUCUCCACAUCAGCCAUUGCCACUUGUGCCAAUCAGCUGUCACCUCAUCUCUGCCCUCAUGCCUAAGCCAGCACCAGCCAUUCUGAUCCUGCUAUGCCUCCCCUGUGUUUCAGGGGCCCAUAGAAACCCAGAGGAGCUCAUGCUUAAGUUCUGCACCAGAUCUUGACCACAAAGCUUGGAGAACUUAAACCAAAACCCAGCCAGACUUGAGAAGCCUACAGGAGAGGGGACCUUGCGUUGGACAGGAUCUGUGAGAACAGGGCUCCCCUUCCGGGGAACUUAUAUGCCAGCCCAAUUUAAACUUUUGGUGCUCAUUUAAAAAAACAAAAAACAGGGAAAUUCCCAAUCCAAGAACUUUGAUAUAUUAAAAAAAAAAAAAAAAAAGUCAAGGCUGACAAUGUUUCAAUGGAAUCCAGCUUGUGCACAGAAACAAUGUUACAAUAUUGUUACAAACCAUUUACAGGUUUAAACAUUAAAUGGUCUGGAAACGAGGUUAAAAGAUGCAGUCAAUUUCCCACCAUUAUUGCUGCACCCACCCAACCUUAAGUUUGUUUGCGCAUGUUUGGGGAAAUAGACUGAUCAACGCUAGAGAGAGCUUGAGAUUUUCCUAUUUCCUAGUCAGUGUUUUGGGCCAAUAUGUUAUGGCCCAAAGUCGGGUGCUACUAUUGGGUACCUAAAGCCAUAAGGUUGCAGAGGGGUAGCUGUGUUAGUCUGUAUCAGAAAAAACAAUGAGGAGUCCUUGUGGCACCUUAGAGACUAACAAAUUUAUUUGGGCCUAAGCUUGCAUGGGCUAAAACCUACUUCAUCAGAUGCAUGCAGUGGAAAAUACAGUAGGGAGGUAUGAAUAUACACACAUACAUGUGCUGUGUAUUUAUACCUCCCUACUGUAUUUUCCACUGCAUGCAUCUGAUGAAGAGGGUUUUAGUCCACAGAAGCUUAGGCCCAAAUAAAUUUGUUAGUCUCUAAAGUGCCCCAAGGACUCCUCGUUUUUGCUAAACGCAUAAGUAACACCUGGAAAAAAGGCAUCUGAAAAUUGAGCCACACAAAGUCAGAAGCCACUUUUCAAAAUGUGGCUUCCCAGCCUCUGGACCUAAGCUGGGAAUUUGUGUAAGUUGAAAGACACUCCUAACCUAUGAGGGAGAGACACACUUUUCUUGAAAUCAACAAUUACAUCAGCUGAGAAUUUGAGCCUGAGUGUUUCGUUAGCCAUAGCAAAAUUCAAGUUUCAUUCAAACUGAGGCUACUGGGCAAUUGAUGAUCCUUCUCCUGGCACUUUCCUAAAACUGUGGUGUCUCCUGAAAUUGAAAGAUGCUGCUAACACAGUGGGAAAGAAUUAAAUCCCCAAUCCAGAAAGGAAUCUGAGAGCUGUUCUGAGCAGUGUAUGGAAUUCACUCAACAUUCUUACGUGAAGGUGCAAACUGGAGGAACAAUAGAAGGUUAAAGAUCAUUUUUUAAAAAGUACUCCUUCCCCAUUGGUGUGUUCUAGGUAGCACAAGUAGCCAUGCCCAUGGUUAAGAUUGCCUGGCACUUACCAUUAUAAGACCACGUUUUCAAUUGCUUAUAACUUUGCCAAACUUAGACUGUUUCAUUUGGGCUGAAAUUUUCCACAUGAGGUGGCUGCCUCUGGCUGACUUUUUUUGCACAUUUUCAGUUACAAUGGGUUGGCCAUUUCCAAGGAUGAGGGUUAUAUAUCAACUGAAAUAAUAU